CGGGCGCUCGACGAUGGGGAACACAACCUCGUGCUGCGUGUCGUCCAGCCCCAAGCUCAGGAGGAAUGCGCACUCGCGGCUGGAGUCCUACCGGCCCGACACGGACCUCAGCCGUGAGGACACGGGCUGCAACCUGCAGCACAUCAGCGACCGGGAAAACAUCGACGAUUUGAAUAUGGAAUUCAAUCCUUCAGACCAUCCUCGGGCCAGCACAAUAUUCCUCAGCAAAUCUCAGACAGAUGUGAGAGAAAAACGCAAGAGUCUCUUCAUUAACCAUCAUCCUCCAGGCCAGACAUCAAGGAAGUACAGCUCCUGUUCCACCAUCUUCCUAGAUGACAGCACAGUCAGUCAGCCAAACCUCAAGUACACCAUCAAAUGUGUAGCUCUUGCGAUAUAUUACCACAUCAAAAACAGGGACCCAGAUGGAAGGAUGCUCUUAGAUAUUUUUGAUGAAAACCUCCACCCUCUUUCGAAAUCCGAAGUGCCACCAGAUUAUGACAAACACAACCCAGAGCAGAAGCAGAUUUACCGGUUCGUUCGGACACUGUUCAGUGCUGCUCAGCUGACAGCUGAAUGUGCCAUUGUCACACUGGUAUACCUUGAAAGGCUCUUGACGUAUGCAGAGAUUGACAUCUGUCCAGCCAACUGGAAGCGCAUUGUUCUAGGGGCAAUCCUGCUGGCCUCUAAGGUGUGGGAUGACCAGGCUGUGUGGAAUGUAGAUUACUGCCAGAUCCUGAAAGACAUCACAGUGGAGGACAUGAAUGAGCUGGAGCGACAGUUCCUAGAACUCCUACAGUUCAACAUCAAUGUUCCUUCCAGCGUGUAUGCCAAGUAUUAUUUUGAUCUUCGUUCUCUGGCAGAAGCAAACAACCUGAGCUUUCCCCUGGAGCCCCUAAGCAGGGAGCGUGCCCACAAGCUUGAGGCCAUCUCUCGUCUCUGUGAGGACAAGUACAAGGACCUGAGAAAACCCACGAGGAAGCGGUCAGCAAGUGCUGACAACCUGAUUCUGCCACGGUGGUCCCCCGCCAUCAUCUCCUAACUGGGGCACCCUUCUGAGGUCAUGCCAUCCCUUGGUUUCUCCUCUUGUUUGAGAAAAGAUGAACUUGGGGUGGUUUGUUCUGUUCUUUUUUCCCCCUUCUGUUUGAACACAGCCCCGUCAAGACUGCCUUCACGCCUCCACACUGCAUUCUGCACACUAAGAGGCUUUAGGGGAUGUGAAAUCAGUGUUCUGGCACCCGGUAUUGAGCUUUCCCGGCCGUCAUGAACAGCACUUCUUUCAUGGAGGAAAAAGACUCUAAUCCUGGAGAGGAAAUGAAGGAAAGGGAAGUUGUAUUGAGGCAGAGAGUACUUGGUAGCUUGACUGUCUCUGGCCAUAAAUACCAGAUGGAGCCAGAGGUAGGUAACAGAGUUGAGUGCACAUCCGAGUCAGGAGUGCCAUACUGUGCCCUUGGAAUCGGUAUGCUCUGUAAGACUUCCUGCGUUCCUUCUUGCUGCUUUCUUGAGAUUGGGGUGGGGGGUUGUUUGUUCAUUUUUAUUCUGGUUUGGUUUUGAUCCCACAGAGCAGAGAAUAUAGUUUGUACCCAUCAUGGCACAGACAUCCAAAUAAAUAGUACUGAUUUGUUUAUCUCUG